AUGUUUUGCCUCGAAUGUCUUAGACACUGCAAAUCAAAUGAAUUAGCAUUCUAUUUAUCACUUGAUGUUUACGAUCCAAACUACUAUUCGGAUCUUGUCGAGUCAUUAAUUCAAACUUGUUCUGAUUCUUUCUACAAACUAUCAAUUCGCGACAUUGUUAUACUAAUAGAAAGUAACAUAUGUACUACCUUUCUAUCUAUGAACAUUACUCACAUUGUAACCAAAAUGGCCGAUGAUCCAAAAUAUUCUGCCAACACAUUUUUAACACUGCUUCAAGCAAACCAAUUUGACAAUAUUGUUUCACCAUGUCUAAAGCUUGCAUACCAGAAAAACUCACCAAUCCUCGAAUUUUUACCAACUGAUGUCGCUUAUUUAUUCUGGAUUGACAAAGAAUUAAGUAAUUUGCUGACUAGUCAUUCGAAGAUAAAAUAUCCCGAAUUUAAUAUGUUUUUCAGCUCCGAAAGGCAGAUUAUCAAAUUAUGCAAGUCUCCGUUUUCAAUACUCUUCCCAGAAGAGAAUGUUGAAGAAAGUAAGACGUCAAUUCGGCAUAGGCAAGGUUCUGUCUAUGUUCAUACUAAAGAUAAAAAGAAUAAAAUUACGGAUGAUUCGAACAAAUUAACAACAAUGUGCAAUAGGAAUUCACCCGUGAUGAAGAUUAACACGAUUAUAUUCCAUAAUACAAAGAAAGUUAGGCUUGAAAUGCCUUCUCAAAGCGCUGGUCACUUCUCUGCACAAAACAGAAUCAGAACACCUUCUGUUAUUACUACAUCUAAAGUUCUGCAUUCAUGGGGUGUUAAGAAAGGUGGUUUAGGACAUAGUGCAUGGCAAAAAAGAUUCUUUGAUUUUUAUGCAUCAUCAAGAAGUAUCAUUUGGAAAGAGACACCAACCAAUACGAAUAUUAAAGGUUUGAUAGUUCUUCCAGAGCAAGCUAAGAUCAUUCCUACCCUUAGUUCUAAAAAUCAUCAGUAUCGUUUGAUUAUUGAACCUGAACACGGCCAAAAGAAAUAUGAAAUUGCUUUUGAAAAUGAGAAAAUUUGUAAUCAAUGGUGUCAGGCUUUGCAAGCCCUUUGCACAGAAAUUUAG